UCAGCAGGUGGGGAGAGGGAGCUCCGUCCUGACAGCCAGUGACAACUGGCUGGCGCUCUUCAGAGGGAAAGGAGCUAAGCAGGGAACGGCCUGGAGCCAUGGCCCAGCAAGGAGGAGGAAGAGAGGAAGAAGAAGAAGAAGAAGAAGAAGUGACCCUGGGGAAGAUAGACUCCCGGGACCCCCUCACCAAAGAGAUAGAUCUGGUGGAAAGAGACCCCAAGCAGAUCAACCAAGAAGUGGUAAAGGUGGACUUUGAAGAUGUGAUUGCUGAGCCAGAGGGCACGCACAGUUUUGACGGGGUGUGGAAGGCGAGCAACACCACUUUUACCGUCAGCAAGUAUUGGUGUUACCGGAUUCUGUCGGGGGCCCUGGGGCUGCCCCUCGCCCUGCUCUGGGGCUUCCUCUUCGCCUGCAUUUCCUUCUGCCACAUCUGGGGAGCCAUGCCUUGCAUCAAGAGCUACUUCAUAGAGGUGCAGUGUUGUGGGCGCUGCUAUGCCCUCUGCAUACGCACCUUCUGCGACCCGCUCUUCGAAGCUGUGGGGAAGGUCUGCGGUGAUGUCCGAGUGGCCCUGCGCAAGGAACGUGCCAAGGACUGAGGCUCUGUUUGGGACCAGGACAGGACUCCGGGGUUUGCCUUCCUCCAGCUAGAGGCCUGAUCUAGGUGGGAGCUUCCGGCUGGUGGAGCUAUUCCUCUAAUUCCCUGUCCUCCACAUGCCAAGACAAAGUGGUGGUCUGGAAUGGGAAAUCCAAAUAAUAGCCCCUAAACACACACACAUGACAGAAACCUCAUCAAUUAGGCUGGCAUGGCAGGCGUUCUGAGUAGGAUAUGCCCUAUGGGUCAUGCAUCUGUCUGUCUUCUAUUUCUGCCCCCACGAAGCAGCCCUCCGUCUCACAGUGUGCCACAGUAUGAAUUCCUUUGUGUACAGAAUUAAAGCAUCAUGUCUCAUGUUGCGAUUAGCUCCAUCCUCUCCUAGGACCGACAGUCACAAGACAUAAGGUUUCAUCCAUCUAUUCUCUCGUCCCUUUAAAGCUUCAGUGUGCCGUCAGGGACAGCCUUUCAACACUUCUUUUUCCAAACAGGGGAAACAGCAGCACUGUGGCAACUGCACAGUUACAAAAAUCCAAGUUCAGCCACUAGUGUCAAUUCCUGCUUUGAAAAGAAAGGUGACUAUUUUCCUUUUCUUAAAAGAAACAAAAACAAAUCUGCAUUGUAUGAAAAUAAAGCCCAAGAGAUCCUUCA